GUGAAUAAAGAUGGAAAUGAAUUGUGGCAAGCCACCUCGAUGAGACUCAUCAGAAUGAAGAUGAAACCUAAAGAACUCUUCACCAUUCUUUCUCUUGGUUUUACAGCUAACUUUUUCUAAUCGCACACAUUCAUUCUGCACAUCAAGUAUUUUGUUGCAGUAAGCUUUAUCAGUUAAUUAUCAUUGAAGGUUUCUGAUUUGUAUAAAGAUGUCCCAAACAAAAAUGCUGGCGAAAACGACACGAAUAGUUGGAUUGUGCUCUGUUGCCAAUUUUAUCAAUGCGGCCGAUAGAGUGAUUAUGCCCAUUGCUAUUGUGCAAAUGACAGACGAGUUCAAGUGGAACCUACAUUGGCAGGGAUGGAUACUUUCCGCUUUUGCGUUUGGAUACUUCACUAGUCAGAUUAUUGGCGCAUGCGCAGCUAGCAGAUUUGGCGGCAAAUCUGUGCUGCUUUUUGCCGUAUUUCUGUGGUCGGUUUCAACUUCUGUGACGCCUCUUCUCGCCACCUCCAUUCCAGCGCUUAUAUUCUGCCGGGUCAUCCUUGGACUUGGCGAAGGUCUAGGUCUGCCGACUAUAUUCCAUAUAUUUGCGCAUAAUGUUCCAACCGAAGAGAGAUCUAGAGCUUUCGGAUAUCUGGUUGCAGCUGGAUCGGUUGGACAGACUGUUGCAAGUAUUUUUUGUCCACAUGUGAACUACCAAAUCAUUGCCACUCUUGGCGCACUGCCUAAAUUAGCUUUCUUUCAAGAUGGCGGAUUCUGGCAGAGUUUCCAUUCUGUAUUUACUCUGUGGUAUGGAUUGGUGUUUGCUCAGGUGACGAACCCGAACGUACACUACACGGAGCUGAUGUGGCACUGGCCGCUGUGGGCCGUCUACGUGGCGCACUUCGCCAUGAACUGGUCCAACUACAUCAUCAUGCAGUGGCUGCCCACCUACCUGGCGCGCAGUCUCGACGCCAACCAGCACAGCAUCAGUCUCACCGCCGUACCCUACAUUGUCAACUCGCUCGUCGGCAUAGUGGCUGGGCAUUUUGCGGAUACACUAAUCAGUAAACGAUGGAGUGUGCUGUCUGUAAGAAGACUGAUGACCAGUAUAGGCUUGCUGGGACCCGGCGUGUUUCUGCUCGCCUUUUGUGCUGUCGAUAAUCUUCUAGCUGCUGUUGUGUUUGUAUCGAUAUCGAUGGGUUUGUGCGCGUGUAACUCGGCCGGCCACCUCAGCAACCACGCAGACAUCGCGCCCAAUCACGCCGGUCUCACGUUCGCUAUAUCAAAUACGCUGGCAACAAUUCCGGGCAUCCUGUGCGGCCCGCUGACGGCCGAACUGGUGACGACGUCACACGGCCGGUGGUUCCCCGUAUUUGUGCUGGCAGCCGGCGUCAACUUCACCGCCGCCGUCAUCUAUUACAGUCAAAGUGCCGCCUCACAAGUGCUCUGACUGUAAAUCAAUACUCCCUCUAUUGCUUCAGUAAACUCUAUGGUCUUCACAAAGUAGAGCCUGUUCGAUGCAGUGUUUGCUUUUGUAUUGCAAUAACGUUUCAUUGCUAGUAAAUAACUUCUGGUGAUCACGUAUAGAAGUUAUUUCAUUCAUUAUAUUUUUGCAGAUCAAGUUGCCGUUGAUCUACUUGAUCACAUACAUGCAUACUGGCCAGAGCUGCUUAGCUAUGAAAUGCACCAUAUUAAAAACAUGAUUUUUAAAUAAGUUUUUACUGAUUUUUUAAUCAGAGUUUACUUUUAUGGCCAGCUUACUUUGCUAUUGAUAUGCUUAGUUUCAAUUGACUCUUUGCAUGAGCAUCAAACAUCAGGCUCUACUUCCACAAUGCCGCUUCCACACUCUUGCCAAGUGCCUUUCAAAUGACAACGAGCGCAAGAGUGUGGAUGGCUACUAUGCCACCGCUCGCCUUCACUCCGCCCGUAUAGAUGUAUACAACCUACAACGAGCUGCUUGCCAAGCGACUUAGUGAGAGGUGACACUGGCAUUACUAAUUAACUUACAAUAAAUUCAAACUUAGGAUAUAGUGUUUUGAAUCCCUAUUCAAUUUUAAUUUCGAUCUAUUCAGUUUCAACAUGGUACUUUGUUGUGAUAAGUGUGCCCUGGGUGCAUAAAAAUUUGAACUUCGUAACAAACAAUAAAAUGGUUAGAAAGUGCUUUUAAAAUUAGAAAAAGCAAUGAAGUCAAUAUCUGUAUAAAAAUGUACUAUAGUAUUUUAUUGAAGUGUAACUUAUUAAGUAGGAAUGUAAAGUGUAGAAAGUAAAAAUCUAUUCAAAAUAAGUAUUUGUGACCCUACUUGUAAAGAGUGCUCCUUAUAGAAUGAUCUGCACAAGUUUAAAACUGCUGUUAGGUGCGUGAUGCAUUGAUUAACUUAUUGUUAGUAAGCUAUCUGUGACACCUAUGGAUAAGAAACAUAGAAUUGAUAUCGUAAUUCGCAGGCGUUACGUUUUAAAUUAUAACUGCGGGAAUGGUUUUGAAUUGACAUGCUUGCCUAGAAUUCUUUCGAUUUGAAAAUCUACUAGUUUGCUGGAAUACCCCUAAUUUGUAAAAUUAACUCUAAUUAGCUUUUCAUAUUUUGAUCAGUUGAAGUUUUUUAAUUUUGCUAGUCUAUUGACUUGACGGCUGUUUUAAUGUUGAAAAAUUUAUAUUCAAUGUCGGGAUCUAUGAGAUUUUCUUAUCAAUUUGAUAACAUUUCAUAUUUUCCUAAUUAAAAUAAGUGUAAUUUACAAUAAUUUACGUUCAAAACGUCAAACUAAUUAAUGUAUACUCUAUGAGAGCGUUCUAUGCAAUUUGUUGCACCAUGUGAAACAUGUGAAUAGGCCUUAGAAUUCUUAUCUAACUAUGAAUAGUGAGUUGUAUAUUCCACACUUUUCAAAUAAGUUAGUGUUAUUUUUAUGUUUUUGGCCAAUUUAUUUAUGAAGUUAGUAUGAACAUUUCUGAGUGUUUUCAUUACUGAAUUGUUUCAAGAGACAUCUUUGCAUGUGAGAAAGACUGGGCUCUGGAAUGACAGAGAUGACAAAACAAUGAUAAAAAUCUAUUUAUUUCCGCAAAAAGAAAUUGGAUACCGUUCAAAAACUUGUGCAAGCUUUUGUAAGCUUGGACGUGUACACGGUCGCGUCUACAUCUGGCUGUGAUUCAUUAAACUAACAUAAAUGAUGGAAUAUUUAAUAAGUUUAUUCUCAUUGAACUUGUUCGCCUUAACCUUCAAAAUUAAUUUUUGAUUGGAAUCGUGUGAUUAAAAUGAUAACAAAUUGUU